AUGUUUUGUGCUACUAACGGAUUUUCAAAAAUUAUUCUAUUUUUAAAUAGACAUAUAUUUAGUAAUAAAACAUCAAAUUUAAACUUAAAAAAGAACAGCCCAAUUCUUUUUAAUUCAAGAACAUUCUCUUUCCAACAAUCUCUUAAAAAAUUUAAAGAUUUAGAAGAAAAAACUCAAACCAAACAAAAAGCAAAACCUAUAAUAGAAAAUAGAGACAUUGAUUUCAAUAAAUCUUUAAAAUUACUUAGAGAAUUCUUUGAAAAGAGUGAUGUAAAGAAAAAAACUAAAACACUUCAAAAAUAUCACAACUCUAUUGUUUAUGGUUAUUUUUACUUUAGUUCUUAUACUUCAAUUUAA